AAGAAUAUAUUAGGUUAUAUCUAUACAGUUUAAAAUCUUUUUGUUGUUUGAUGUCGGUUAUGUUUAUUUCUGUAUUCUGUAGUUACUUUAAUAAAUACAUUUACAGGGUUUCUUGUAAUUGAUUAACAAGCAUCUUGUAAUAGUUGUUCACAAAAAUCAGUUACUUUUCUUCAUUUUGUCUUAUCGACAUAGAAGGUUGAGCAAUAAAACCAGUGCAGUUAUAAGAAUAUGUCCUAUAAACGAAAACAGGAUUCUCAAGUCCCUGCAGAGGAGAGUGACCAGUUGAUUAUAAGACCAUUGGGUGCAGGCCAAGAAGUUGGAAGAUCUUGUAUAAUGAUAGAAUUCAAAGGGAAAAAGAUUAUGCUUGACUGCGGCAUUCACCCAGGAUUAUCGGGAAUGGAUGCAUUGCCAUUUGUAGAUUUAAUUGAAGCGGAUGAAAUUGAUAUACUUCUCAUUUCACAUUUUCAUUUAGACCAUUGUGGAGCAUUACCUUGGUUUUUGCUGAAAACUAGUUUUAAAGGACGUUGUUUCAUGACACAUGCUACAAAGGCUAUCUACAGAUGGUUGCUGUCAGAUUACAUCAAAGUCAGUAAUAUUGCGACAGAGCAGAUGCUCUACACUGAAGCAGAUUUAGAGGCCAGUAUGGACAAAAUUGAAACAAUAAAUUUUCAUGAAGAAAAGGAUGUGCUUGGAGUAAAGUUUUGGGCUUAUAAUGCUGGACAUGUACUAGGAGCUGCAAUGUUCAUGUUAGAAAUAGCAGGAGUGAAGGUAUUUGUAUAUUUUGUUUUUAACAAAGUUCCAUCUUAUGAUGACAAUAAUAAAUAUUCCUUUCGUACAUUUGUAACCAGAGAGCUUGCUUUCCAAAAAUUUUGUAUUGAGAUAUGA